AAUUUGCAAAUAUCGAUUCUGCAGAUGGAACGUUGGAUACAACUGCAUUACCAAAUAAAAGAGCGCGAAAUGGCCACCUAUAUUGCUGGUAAACGUGAACUAUUCUACUGGUUGAGCGCCUUCUAUAUCACCUCUAGCAUCGGGUGUUGGCAGUAUUAUCAGUCGAUAAGACGGAAGGCUGCUUUACUCCCAAUGAUACCCUUGACCUUUGUGAUGGCAUAUUAUGCCGAUUUGGCGUACGGCAGCAAAGUGCAUCGUAUUCAAGCUGAAGCUAAUAUGAUAUUGGAGCAUGAAAAUGAGCUAUUACACUGGCCUGGAGGUUUGCCAACAGUAUCAUCGUUGGAUGAGGCACGCGUAGAAAAUGAAAUCGAAAAGAAAUUGCACCCACAUCCUUCAUAGACUUAUCCACUUUCCUUAUAUUUGUAUUUUCCAUGCUACUGAAAUUUUUUACAUACAUACAUUGCUCAAUCAAUUUCAUUAAUAUAAUAUAAUGUUUAUGUGCGAGUAUUUAAGAAAUUUAAAAUUUCUCUUUGAAAUUUCAACAAUAUUAACGAUAUAUAAAGUUUGAGACAAUAUUUUAUUUACAUGUAAGAUUUACCAUUUUCUAAAUGUAUUUACAAUAUUUGCUAAAUAUGUACUUAUAUA